AUGUCGUUCGCUGCUCUGAUGGCGCUUAGCGCCUCGCAAACUAAGGAAUCUCAAAGCGCCGUCCAAAUCGCACUACUACAGCGCCAGCGCAACGAGGAGCUCCAACGGAAAAAGCGGGAGGAAAUCGAUAGAAAGGAGCGAGAAGAAGCAACGAAGCUCCGACAGAAGAGAUUUGAGGACGAGAAGAAGCAACGAGAGUUGCAGCUCAAGAGAGAAACAGAAAUGAGGCGCUUGGAGGAAGAGCAGGCGAGGCGAGAGGAGGAGCAACGCAAUGCGUUGCUUUAUGGUCCCAAGAAGGCCAAGUCGGGGCCUAAGUGGCCGUCGUCUAGUGGAAUUUCGAAGGAGCAGGUCCCCAAGCGCAGGUUACCGUCAGAUGAGGAGAAUGGCUCCUGUUCCGGAUCUCCAGCAAUGGCUCUCACUCGCGAAGAGAAACGGCAGCGCAGGAUCGAAUCUGAAAUGCGCAGGGGUUAUGCCUUCAAGCGGGCUGCCACAUCCUCCGGCUACAGUAAAGCUGGCAAGCGACUUCCGGGAGGGGCUAUCGACGCCACGUCAGCACCAACCUCAGACGGUUGUAACAGCUCACAGUCCGUCAAGGCUCGCCUUUCUGCACUCCCGAAUACUUUAACCAAGCUUAAUGUCCACAAGCGAGACACGCGGACCAUAGACGAGAUUUUGCAGGACAGAGCCAAGGCGAAAACUGCCACAUUGGACGGUGACGAUGCCAAAGAGUUUAAUGACUGGUUUGGCAAGGGGAAGAAGGACACAGGAAGAAUCAGUGCCCAGGUAUCUACGGCUGCACCAUCUAGAGCGUCUUCCGGCUCCAGCUCCCCAAGCCCCUCAGGGUCCAGUAAGUGUUUUGAUAGCAGAAUCCUUUCUCGUUAUUUCAUCUUCAACUUUAUAGGAUCAGUCAACUCCGGCACGUCCAAGACCUCGACUGCUCCGAAGUCUGCUAUCUUGUCAUUUUCAAAGACCGCGCAACCCAAAGGCGCAGAUAGUCCUCAAUCAUUAAAGACUGAGGUGAAACCCAAGUCGACUUCAAACUUCAUUCCUUCGAUGAAGUCGCAGGCUUAUAAGCCUUCAUCAGUAGCACGCUCUGCCGGGCCCGUUAAAAAACGACCUCGGUCCCCGUCCUCCUCGUUAUCCCCCCCUCCUCCGAAGAGGCGCCCUGCCUCAGCUGACGUGGAAUCUUACAGCAAUGAAAUUUGGAAACUAUUUGGCAAGGACCGCUCUAAAUAUGUCGAGCAGGAUGUGUAUAGUGAUGAUGAGGACAUGGAAGUUGGUGCCGGCGUUCUUGAGAGGGAGGAGCUCAGAAGUGCGCGUCUUGCCCGAAAAGAGGAUGAAGCAGCCCUUGAGCAGGAAAAGCGCCACGAGGAAGAAAAAACGCCGCAAGAAGAAGGAAAGGGAAAUGAAGGAGAGGCGGGGAUAAGGCAAGGAUGGAACCUAUCCUGA